AUGGCGUUCGUGGACCCUCAACGCACAGUGGGGAUGGUGAUGCAUGAACCACCACGGCCGCCUUAUCGGCGCGUAGAGCCGCAGGACCAGCAGCGGAUGCAGCGGUAUUCACGCCACAUGAAUACAAUGGGCAUCUCUGCACAAUGUGGCGAUGCAGCGCAGGUAAAGGAAUCCGCCGCCCAAAAAAAGGGCUUCAGACCCACCCUAACGAUGGGAACCACGCUUACUAUCAUUGAGGCGGAGGAGACGGCGAAGUCAUUACGCAAGUUUGAGGAGUCACUUGCGCGGCAUCUCCCUUGCACCUCCUUGUCGGUGAGCGACGAACGGCAUGACAUCUCUGCCUUAGAUGAGGCUGCGGCUGAGGCAUCGAGGACAAGCCUUAUCGCCCCAACAACAAUGGGCGCGAGGCCAGCCGCAGCCCAGCCAACGCAGCGGCUAAUGGUGAAUCUCCUACCGCGAGUGUUUUCUGAACUCCUUCUGCGACGUAACUCGGUUGUAUCACAGCUGCGGAAAAUAGGCCGGGAGGAGGUACUGAGGCACAUGGGAGACACAGGACGUCGGCUUGGGAUGCGAGUGGUGACCUCACGGGACCUUUACUUUCUCCUAAGUUGCAUAUUUGAUGAAAAAGAGCUGUGGAAGGACGACAUUGAAUAUUUGUUUCGUUUUUUUGACUGGGGUGGAAAAGGAUCAAUGGAUUUUAAAGAUGCUCUCGACAGCGCAGGUCUUCUUUUUGUUCCUCCAGAGGUGCAGGCAGUUGUGCACUGUAGGCGGGUGCUGAAUGAGCGUGUGCUUGACGACAGUGUGAUUUCCAUUGCAGACAUUGAUGUGAUGCUCACAGCCCUUACCGUUAUCUUUGCAUCCACGUUUCCAGAACUGCCCGCACUCUGCGAUGAGGUUCACAUGACGGUAGAGAAUGUCAUGCCAACCUACACAGUGCCUGUAUCGCUGUUCCGUGCUGAGGUGGAUCGCAUUUCCGUCCUGAGGCGUUGCAUCUCGGCAGUUCAGUGGGACGGCUCUGUGCGAUGGGCAGAUGUGUUGCCUGCUCAACUGGAAGACGACUGUGGUGGCACCCAUUCGGAAUGUCUGAUGCAGUUGGUGAGCACGGCAAUUGCCGAUGGACGGGAACCGACGCCGCCCCCGGUGAGUACGCUCGACGAGGAUUACUGCGUGGAUGUUUCUCACCCGCGCUUCGUUGCCGACAUGUAUCUCACCCGUGCCAGUGAAAGCCAGACGUAA